AGAGGGUAGAGAAAAAGCCAAAGACCCUAACACAGAGGACCCAUGCAUGUACAUGUACCCCAGCCAUUAGUGGAACACAGAGGACUUUUCUGCAUGCACAUGUACCCCAGCCAUUAGUGGAACACAGAGGACUUUACUGCAUGCACAUGUACCCCAGCCAUUAGUGGAACACAGAGGACUUUACUGCAUGCACAUGUACCCCAGCCAUUAGUGGAACACAGAGGACUUUACUGCAUGCACAUGUACCCCAGCCAUUAGUGGAACACAGAGGACUUUACUGCAUGCACAUGUACCCCAGCCAUUUGUGGAACUAGCACCUUUGAGCAGGAAUCUUGCCCCUCAACCCACAGAGGCAGGGACAGUGGAGUGAGGUCAAGACCAACCAGAGAGAUAGAGAGAGAGAAAUAGACAAACACUAGAAAGAGAGAGAGCUCCCAGACAUGAAUAGGGAAGGGAAAGAGAAGGAGAUAGAGGCAGAAAGACAGAAAGAUGAGCAAGGGAACAGACAGACUAAGUGAAGGCGACACUGAGAGAUGAAACAAAGACAGAGAUGCUGAGAGACAAUCCCAGAAACAACUCCAGGCUCAGUCUCUGCAGGCUUCCCCAUUUACUCCUCCAAGGCCUGGGCCCUGUGCCAGGCAGGAAGGCUAGUUCUGACAAGACAGAGAGGUGUGGGAAGGUGCACCACAUUCUGGAACAGUCUGUCCCAAGUACUAAUUCAGCCCCAUUCCCACCCCUGACUCAUGCAGGCUUGAGUCAAACCCCUCCAGCCCCUGCCCCUACAGGAGGGAGAAGAUGUGGGUUAAGUUUGCCGGCCUUCAUGGCCUGGCCUCAAAUAGUGAUGUCUGCUGAGGGAUUGGGAGAUGGACACCAAGGAGCACAGCAGCAGUGUUGCAGGACAUUUGGGGGGCAGAGCCUUGAGAAUCACCAUGGCAGGAGUUCUCAGUAGGACAUAGGUAGGGGUACAAAGGGGUGACAUAUGAAAAGGCAUCCAGAAGUCACAAUGAUAGGCACAGAAGUUCCAGGCUGAUGGACACCAGGAUUCAAAUGACCAUCAAGGGGACAGGUACAACCUACAGACUUCCAAGAGCUAUGGAAGUGACAAAGGCUCAAGAGUGAGUCCCUGAAAAUCACAGACACAAGGCAAAGGAGUGUUAAGUAAAUGGACACAUUACCAAGAAUGACUUUAGAAACCUAUUUUGAUUCAAGAGUGUAUUAAGCAAUAAGAGGUACAGUGUACAGCAUUCAGGGGCACUGGUACAGAGGUGGUCAGGGUGUACACAUCCACAGGCCAAGAAAAAUGGGUCCAAAGGUGGAAGAGGCUCAAGAGGAUGCACUUGGCCAGCAGGAGGAACUCAGGCAGAGGCAGGCUUCAAGGGUCUCAGGCAUGCUGAUCACUGGAGUCACGACAUUGCUGCUGUCACUCCUGGUGCUGGCGCUGGCCUGGUGGGCAAGCGGCCGAGGAGCUCAAAUGCGGAGCAGCUUACCCCCUGGACCCACGCCGCUUGGGUUGCUGGGGAACUUGCUGCAGCUGGAGUUCGGAGGUCUGGACCGAGCGCUCAUGAAGCUUUCCCGCCACUGGGGUCCAAUAUUCACCGUGUGGCUGGGCCCACGCCCUGCUGUGGUGCUGUGUGGCUACGCAGCGCUGCGGGACGCAUUAGUGCUACAGGCAGACACCUUCUCUGGCCGCGGAGCCACGCCAGUCUUCCAACGCUUCACUCGCGGAAACGGCAUAGUGUUUUCCAACGGACCACGAUGGCGAACGCUGCGCAAUUUUGCCCUUGGCGUGCUGAAGGAGUUCGGGAUGGGUACACGAUCCAUCGAGGAGCACAUCAUGGAGGAGGCUGCUUGCCUGCUUGGCGAAUUUCAAGCCACCAAUGGAACCCCGUUGGACCCCCGGCGGCUACUGGAUAACGCAGUAUCCAACGUUAUCUGUUCUGUGGUCUUUGGAAAGCACUACGGCUAUGGGGAUCCAGAGUUCCUGAGGCUCCUGGAGCUCUUCAAUGACAAUUUUAGAAUCAUGAGUUCCAGAUGGGGUGAGGUGUACAACAUCUUCCCCUCCCUCCUGGACUGGCUUCCUGGCCCCCACCACCAAAUCUUCCAAAACUUUGAAGAGCUUCGAACCUUUAUCUCUGAGCAAAUCCAGCAGCAUCAGGAGACAAGAAUUGGGGAGCCCCGUGAUUUCAUUGAUUGCUUCCUUGACCAGAUGGAUAAGGAACAGCAGGACCCAGAAAGUCAUUUCCAGGAGGAAACAUUGGUGAUGACAACACACAACCUUUUCUUUGGUGGCACAGAGACCACUAGCACCACCCUGCGCUAUGGGCUCCUCAUUCUGCUCAAGUACCCAGAGGUGGCAGCCCAAGUGCAGGCAGAGCUGGACGCUGUGGUAGGUCGGGCCCAAGCCCCCUGCCUGGAGGACCGGGUGCGUCUGCCCUACACCAAUGCAGUGCUACAUGAGAUUCAGCGCUUCAUCAGCGUGCUGCCCCUGGGCCUGCCUCGUGCCCUCACCAGGGACACCCACCUCCGGAGCCACUUUCUGCCCAAGGGCACCAUGGUGAUUCCCCUGCUUGUUUCUGCGCAUCGGGACCCCACCCAAUUCAAGGACCCUGACUGUUUCAACCCCACCAACUUCCUGGAUGAAAAGGGAGAGUUCCAGAGCAAUGAGGCCUUCAUGCCCUUUGCCCCAGGAAAGCGCAUGUGCCUGGGCGCAGGCCUUGCCCGCUCAGAGAUCUUCCUCUUCCUUACGGCCAUCCUGCAGAAGUUCCACCUGCUCCCUGUGGAGAGCCCCAGCAACAUCGACCUCACCCCACAGUGCACUGGCCUGGGCAACGUCCCCCCAACUUUCCAGCUCCGCCUGAUGGCACGCUGAAGGCGGAUCCCAUCACCCUGGCCUCACUGGCCCUCACAUCUCUUUCCCCACUGUGGUCAAUAAAGACCCCAAAUUGCAGAAGGAGAAG